GUGCACAUCAUGUCAGCUGUGCACCACUUCCUCGUUCGUUUGUAAAGGUGGCAUGUGCUGAGGCAUAGGGCACUCACCCGCCCACCUUUAUUUUCCUUUCCUGUCCUUUGGGUGAUGAGGAUCCCUCCCUUCCUCGGCUCGAGCACUGAACCAAACUACAUUCUGUGUCGCCUUUCCCACAGACGUUUCAUGACAGGGGGUGGCUCGAUCGAUGGGACCUGGCGAGGCGAGGAGGCCAGCGGUCGGGCGGUGCCGGAAGAAUUGCAAAACUAUGUACAUGUGCGUUGCUCCUGCCGUCCAGCCCCACUGGUUGUCCACGAAACCCGCACGUCUGCUUGCACAAAGAGCCGGCUUAUCCCUUGGCAAGGCCCAAUUCACACGGUCCAGGGCGCUUGCGACCAUGGGUCCCGCGGGAGAGGGUGCAGGCGAGGGCGAGAGACGCGGGGUGGGCUGGAGCCUGCCUCGUCUCGCUGCCGACGACAUGGCCGUCUCGCCCACCCCGCUCCCAGGCCCUCUUGCAGGGCCCGGAGGGACGCCAAAUGAGAAAGACUGCCAUGGGUUCGUCGCUGCCGCGCUGUCGCAGGCACGCCCCGGCCCGGGCAGAGCGGCCGCCAUUCCUCAUCUUGAUCGUCACAGCACCCGGUCGGUCGAUCGGUGCGGUGUGGUGCGGUGCGGUGCUGCACAGCAAUCUGCCUUGGGUGCUUGUGCUUGCGCCGGAGGAUCGUGCUUGGUCCAUUGCAGGUUUUGCAUAUCCACGGUAUGUCUCGCACGUCCAUCGUAUGCAGAGGCAUUCUUCCAGACGAGUAUAGAUCGACGGAUCCUGUCGAGCCAUUGGCGAUGUCGGCUGUCUGCUCGGGUUGCUGCUUUGGCUGUCCCAUCCGACCAGUCGCGAUCCCAUUCAGCUGUUGGUUUUUGCCUUUGGGCCGCCGGCCAUAUUCCCACGCCCCUUCUUGAUCAGUUUGCGGCCACUCGGUGUCCUGGCUUGUGCCGUGUCUUAAUGCAGUCGUGGUCUCGACAGGUGCGACCAACUAGGCUCAGCUCAGCUCGGCCCAGCUCGGACCGGGGCCGAGUCGGCUCAGCAUGCGGAUGCGACGAACCGACCAACAUGGGCUAUGGGAUCCUGUCCCUGCUCACCCGGCCAGCCAGUCAGUCAGUCAGCCAGUCGGUCAGUCAGUCGGCCAGUCGGUCUGCCUGUCCUCGCUCAGUAAGUCGGUCUUGACGCUGUCCUUCUUGGACGACCCAGCUGAGUUGGGUGGGCGCUGAUGAGAUAGAUUGGGCUGAGCUCCUCCUUGGCCGUGUGCGACGCAUCCACCCCUCCCGAUUGGUGUUGUGCGGACGAUACCCGAGGGAGGAGGGGCCCAGGUCGAUCCCGGGCUGAUAUGGAGUGGGCCGGACUGCAUUGGUUGCGCUGGUUGCUGGCCUUAUCGGUGGCAGUUGGAUCGCUCCGAUG